GAGCUCAACUGCUAGUAAAACACAUUCAUCUUCUCCACCAGAAUUCCCAAAACUUAAAUUCAAAACCCUAGCAAUGAUGCGAGGCCUCUUCUCCCGGAAUCUAAUCAAUGUCGCCAAAUCCUCAGUAACAUCCGCCACCUCCAUCUCCGGCGGUCGAAGGUGCUAUGGCUUGGUACCAAUGGUGAUUGAACAUUCAUCCAGAGGGGAGCGGGCCUACGACAUUUUCUCUCGCCUGCUCAAAGAGCGCAUCAUUUGCAUCAAUGGCCCCAUCUCCGACGAUACCGCCCAUGUCGUCGUCGCGCAGCUGCUCUUCCUCGAGUCGGAGAAUCCCGCUAAACCAAUUCACAUGUAUCUAAAUUCACCGGGUGGCGCUGUUACUGCUGGUCUUGCUAUCUAUGAUACGAUGCAGUAUAUCAGGUCUCCCAUAAAUACCAUAUGUCUUGGUCAAGCAGCAUCAAUGGCUUCUCUCCUACUGGCUGCUGGUGCAAAGGGUGAAAGGAGGUCCCUCCCAAAUGCUACAAUCAUGAUACAUCAGCCUUCUGGUGGGUACAGUGGGCAGGCUAAAGACAUAAGUAUCCAUACCAAGCAAAUUAUUCGUGUUUGGGACUCAUUAAAUGCUCUUUACGUUAAGCACACGGGACAAUCACUUGACAUAAUCCAAAAAAACAUGGACCGCGAUUAUUUCAUGACCGCUGAGGAGGCCAAGGAGUUUGGAAUUAUAGAUGAGGUUAUAAAUGAGAGGCCAGUUGCACUUGUGACUGAUGCUGUAGCAAAUGAGGGAAAAGAUAAAGGCUCAAGUUAAUCUCAAUGUAAGAUCAUACAGUUUAUGAUUUGCAUCCCAUUGUUCUUUCCUUAUUC